AAACGUAAUUGGAGUCGGGAAAACAAAGGCGCUGCCCGGGAGCCCUCGCCCGCCGCCCCAGCUGCUGCAGAAGGUGGGGGCGCGGGUGGGCCUCUCCGGUCUAGGCUCGUCACAGCACAGCCCCCACUGUCGCCCUGGAGAUCACCAGUCAGGACUCCGAAGGUCCCGGACCCUGAUGGGCGUGGUAAGCCAUGGCUGCAGAUGAUAAAGUUGCUAUCCUGACGGAUGAUGAAGAAGAGCAGAAGAGGAAAUAUGUGCUUGCUGAUCCCUUCAACGGCAUCUGCAGGGAACCAGAGCCGCCUUCCAACGAAACCCCCUCCUCCACGGAGACUUCCGCCAUUCCCGAGGAGGAAAUAGACUGGAUAGAGAAACAUUGUGUGAAAAUAAACAAUGACCUUCUCAUUUCCAAGGUGUUUUAUUUUUUCUUCUAUUCUGCCUAUGGCUCUCUUUACCCGCUCCUGCCUGUGUAUUAUAAACAGCUGGGAAUGUCACCCAGCCAGAGUGGACUGUUGGUAGGCAUUCGAUACUUCAUUGAAUUCUGCAGCGCCCCCUUUUGGGGUGUAGUUGCAGAUCGUUUCAAAAAGGGCAAAAUUGUCCUCCUCUUUUCACUUUUGUGUUGGGUUUUGUUCAACCUGGGCAUUGGAUUUGUCAAACCCGCUACCUUGAGAUGCAUACCAAAGAUUCCCCCCACAGCUCACCCCACCAAUGUAAGUCACCCAGCGACUAUCCUGCCAAUGAAUUCCUCCAUCACUUUCUUUACCACGCCACCAAAAUCACGUGAGAAAAGGAACCUGCUGUUUCUGCCUGAAACAGAGCCCAAUGUGUCAGACACAGCCCUCUUCUCAACAGCCUUGACUUUGACCAGUGAACCCACGCUCCAGCCCCAGACAGAGGAAACUACCCGCCGUGUUACGGACUUGAUUUUAAACACAAGCACAGUGACUCCUACCCCCGCAGGAAAUGUCACAGAGACAACCACUGCCGUUGUCACCACCACCAAAUCUUUACCAUCUGACCAAGUCACCCUCGUUUAUGACCAACAAGAAGUUGAGGCGAUAUUCUUGGUUAUCUUGGUGGUUGUCAUAAUAGGGGAAUUUUUCAGUGCCUCCUCUGUCACGAUCGUAGAUACAGUAACCCUCCAGUACCUGGGGAAACACCGAGACCGCUAUGGGCUGCAGCGCAUGUGGGGUUCCCUGGGCUGGGGCCUGGCCAUGCUGUCUGUGGGCAUCGGCAUCGACUACACCCACAUAGACGUGCUCAUUGAUGGGAAGGGGUGCAAGCCCCCCGAGUACCGGAACUACCAGAUCGUCUUCAUCGUCUUUGGAGUUCUUAUGACCAUGGCCCUGAUCGUUGCCACUCAGUUCCGGUUCCGCUACAACCACUUCAAAAACAGUGACAGUAAAGGGAAAGAGGUGGAGAUCCCACAGGUGGAAAGGGACAACUCCACGGAGUCCUCCGAGGAGACCCCGACUGCGGCGAGUCACUCACAGGCCUUCAACUUCUGGGACUUGAUCAAGCUGCUGUGCAGUGUGCAGUACGGCUCGGUGCUGUUUGUGGCCUGGUUCAUGGGUUUUGGAUACGGCUUCGUGUUCACCUUUCUCUACUGGCAUCUGGAAGAUCUGAAUGGAACCACAACUCUCUUUGGGGUCUGCUCUGUCCUGAGUCACGUGUCUGAGUUGACGGCUUACUUCUUCAGCCACAAGCUUAUUGAGCUGAUUGGCCACAUCAGGGUUUUGUACAUUGGCCUGGCCUGCAAUACAGCUCGCUAUAUUUACAUUUCCUACCUGGAAAAUGCCUGGACUGUCCUCCCUAUGGAAGUGCUGCAAGGAGUCACACAUGCAGCCAUCUGGGCAGCAUGCAUCUCUUACCUCAGUGCAGCCGUUCCUCCCGAGCUGAGGACCUCUGCCCAGGGCAUCCUGCAAGGCCUUCAUCUGGGUCUAGGGAGAGGAUGUGGUGCCAUGAUCGGAGGAGUGUUAGUCAAUUACUUUGGGGCUGCUGCAACCUUCAGAGGGAUUGGCAUGGCCUGCCUGGUGAUCCUCCUGCUGUUUGCUCUGAUCCAGUGGCUGGCAGUGCCAGAUGAGGAAGAAGACAAGACAAUGCUGGCAGAAAGGAUUCCUGUUCCCUCUAGUCCUGUUCCCAUAGCAACCAUCGACCUGGUACAGCAACAGACAGAAGAUGUCAUGCCACGCAUUGAGCCCAGACUUCCGCCCAAGAAAACCAAGCACCAGGAAGAACAGGAAGAUGUGAACAAACCAGCCUGGGGGGUCAGCUCUUCUCCCUGGGUGACCCUUGUGUAUGCACUCUACCAGGUUAAAGAGAUGAUGCAACUGACAAGAGAUAGCCGUGCAUCUGAGAUACAGCCUUUACAGGGGACCAGUGAGAAUCGGGAAAUCUCUGCAGCUGGUGCAGCCCAUCAUGUCCCCUGUGAGAGUCACUCUGACCCACCUAGAAACCAGCCAUUCCCUGACACAGCAGCAUCUCAAACGCAGGCCAGCCCCGCUCACCCCAGUGCUACCCCACGUGUAGAGGAGAGUGGGAAGCAGCAGGCUCAGCCCUCCACUGGAGAACACUGAUGGGCUCCUGAUCAUCUCACACCCUGCAUGGCACCAGGCACCUCAGCCAGGACACAGAGGGCCAGGCCUUCACCCUGGACAUGCCUCCCCAAGGGGAGAACCGCACUGCAUAUGCUUCUAAAUAUCUAAACUCAUUACUGUGGAGACACACACACACACACACACACACACACACACACACACACAUACACACGAGCUACAGUACUUGUUGGCAGCAAAAGGGAAACCUCCACGGUCAUGUAGGGAUGCAGAUCAGUGUUGGGUGAGGACUUCCUGUUCUUGGUUGGUUAGGUCUGAGCUAACUCCUUUGCCAGGGUCUAAGGGUAGGAAGCAGAACUCACACCAAGUCAGGCCAAUGAACGGGUCUCAAGGUGAACCAUGAUAUCAUCUCCUUCUUCUGAUUAUUUAUUCUAAAUAUUGGGUUCUCAGUGCAAAGCGAGGUGGAAAAGAGUAUCUAUAGAUUUAUUUGUCUUGAAGAAAGCAUUUUAAAAAUUAUAAGACAUAUUUAAAAGGGGACCAGAUGGAAGUUAGUAGAACAUAUGCUUCUUUGUUGUUUAAAAGUUCAAAGUUUCACUGAACUUUGCACAUCUCUAGCAAAUAUAUUUUUAUAUGCAUAUGGUAUAUAGUUAAAUUAGUUCUUGGAGCAGCAAAACUGUUACUGACUACUGAACACUGAGUUGAGCUUUAAAAUACCGUUGUCUCAACGGGCUGUGAGAAUGAGCAGAAAUGAGGGCAUAUUUCAAAGAAUCUGACCAAGUCAUUAUCCUAAGACUUGAUGGGCUAGGUUUUACAAUGCAGAUCCUACUGCAAAAACCCCAUCACUGUCAAGUGGUGACUUGGAAUAAAACAACUCACUGGGUUCCUAAGCAUUCCUUAAGGUAAAAGUGCUAUUUGCAAAGAGCAGGAUAAGAUUAAAGUGCCUGGGGAGGGACACAGUGUUUAAAAAUGACAUAUUAUGUCUGUUUUGUGAGGUAGUAAAUAGGAAGCCAGAAAUGGGAAUUUUGGGAACAAGAAAGAUUGCCUAAUGACUUAAUAAACAAAUCUUAGUAUGUUCUUCUUCCCUAAACCAUAGUCACACACUGGAACCUUUAGCUUUGGGCUAUAACUGUACCUUUUACCACCACAGACACAGGAGUCUGGGUGAUCUCACAUAGAACUUGCUCCUGGAAGGAAAGCCGAGGCUGUCUGGGAGACCCCUGGAAGGGGAAUGCUGCUGUGGCUGAACGCAGGGCAGUCAUAUUGUGGGUAGACAUUGAGGGUGAGCAAGAGAGCAGUUAGAACUGGGAGCUCACUGACCCUGAGUGACAGGAUCAGCUGGAAUGUGGUGACUGGUGACAGCUUCCCUGUGACAGCUCUGCCUGCCCCUGCAUCUGGGAGGAGACAUCUACACCUGGAUGUCUAGCUUCACCACAAAACACAGCUUAAAAGUGAUGGAAACAGUUAAGCAGAGGUUAUUUUGCACUUGAGUGGUACUGUACUGUCAAUCACUAUGACUCAUUUUAAGUGACCUUUCAACUCAGAUGUAUUUAUUAUGCUCGAGUAGUUACAGAAGUGAAGUGGGAGCCAGGCUGAGCCCCACCUAUGAAUGUAAGCAUGUGGAUUUGUAACUGACUGUAGGGAGCCAGAACCUUGUGUCUUGUGUUUACAGUCCUGAUCGAUUCCUUUGAAAAGCCCUGCUGUUUUGGACAUGCACAGUGGACGUGUUGGAAUAAAAAGUAAAUACCACUUUUAAAUAUUUCCUAAAUGAAAAACAUGUGACCAAACAAGUGAAAAUCCACUGCUCUGUGAUGAAUGACACCAAAUUCAACAUGCCUUUGUUACAAAAUGUUUACUGUGAGCGUUGAUCCAAACAAUGCAGUCAUUUCCAGCCUUUUGAGCUGACACCUUCAUGAGUUUGUAGACUUUGUGACUUUUCCUUCCUGUCCUUAAAGUGCCAUAUACCACUUACAAUAUUAAAGUUCUUCGAAUUAAA